AUGUUAUUAAAUUCAUUGAUAUUAUUACUUUUAUCUAAUGCAAUAACUUCAAGACGAGAUAAAUCGAUACUGUAUUCAAGAGUCUCCAUAAGUAUUUUACUUAUAUCAGCUCUUAUAUCUUAUGAUAACUUAUCCAUUUUAUUUUUAGCCAAAGGAAUAGGAAUAUUUGGAGGUUUAUUCCAUGUUACUGCCACUACCAAUACUUUUCAUAUUUUUAUUUUUUUAAUGACUAGCGUUAUCUUGUUGCUAACUUCAUUUUAUCCUAGAAAGGUUUGAUUCAAACCGAAUAGCACACCUAAUAGAAUUCUUUUUACUAAGUUAAUCUACUACGGAACGUUAAUAACCAAUAAAAUGGGAGAACAAUUUAAAAUUAUUGAAUACUCUUUAAUCAUUUUAUUUAUCGUUACAGGAAGUGUUUUCUUAAUAUCUACUAGUGAUCUAGUUUCUAUCUUCCUGUCCAUUGAACUGCAAAGUUAUGGACUAUAUUUAUUAUCAACAAUCUAUAGAGAUUCAGAACCUGCUACUUCUGGAGGUCUUAUGUACUUUUUACUAGGUGGACUAUCAUCUUGUUUUAUAUUACUAAGUACAGCUUUACUUUACGCAAAUUCUGGUACUACGAAUUUAGAUAGCUUAUAUAUAAUUACUAGUAUAUCUAACGAGAGAUACGAAAAUCUUACAGGGUUACUUUAUUGAUAUAAACCUUAUUAUAUACAUAUAAGUUUACUGUUUAUGGGAGUAGGAUUUUUAUUUAAAGUUUCCGCUGCACCCUUUCAUUUUUGAAGUCCUGACGUGUACGAUGCCAUACCUACUGUUGUUACAACUUUUGUAGCUAUUAUUGCAAAAAUUUCUAUUUUUAUUUUCCUAUUAGAAUUAGUUCAUUAUACAGGUAAGUCUAUGAUGGAUAUGGAGUUUUCUUGAACACAAAGCUUGUUAUUUAGUUCGCUUUUAUCUCUAAUUAUAGGAACAGUUGUAGGGUUAACACAGUCUAGAAUAAAAAGGCUUUUUGCCUUUAGUACUAUAUCACAUGUAGGUUUUAUAUUAUUAGGGUUAAGCAUACACACUGUAGAAUCUACACAAGCUUUUAUGUUUUACUUAAUACAAUAUUCUAUAUCUAAUCUAAAUGCUUUUAUUUUAAUUAUUACCGUUGGUUAUUCUUUAUAUUGUUAUGUAUAUAAUGCGAACUUUUUAGAAAAGAAAGAAAUUAGCGAUGAAAAAGAUAAUUUACAAGAUAUGAAUAACUCUCCUAUCCAACUUAUAGAUCAAUUAAAGGGAUAUUAUUACAUAAAUCCCUUUGUAUCAUUAAGCUUAGGGAUAACUUUAUUUUCUUUUGCCGGUAUACCUCCUUUAAUAGGGUUCUUCGGUAAACAGAUGAUUUUAAGCGCAGCUAUUGACAACGGUUACCUAUUUAUGUCGUUAGUAGCUAUACUAACAAGUGUUAUAAGUGCCGUUUAUUAUUUAACUAUAAUAAAACAAAUCUUUUUUGAUAAAAAUGAUUAUAGUUUAAACGACCAACUAGAAACUUUGGAUGCAGAGGGUGUAGUUGCAAAAGAAAAUUCUAUUGUUGAAAAAGUAGGUAUAAAGAUAGAAAAUGUUGUUAUAUCUAGUUCAUUAAGUUUACCUAUUUCAGUAAUAACAUUAAUUAUUACAUUGUUUAUUUUUAUUCCAAAGGAAAUAUUCAGUUUAGCUAAUAUAUUAGCACUAGUUUUAUUUAAUUUAUAA